UUCCCGUACAUUUUCCUGUCAAGCUCCACUAUUCCUUCUCAUUUCCAUGGCGUAUGCCGUUUCGCUCGAUCUGCUCUCACCUCUGAACUUCCUCUUCUACUUCACCCCCAUCACCUAAAUAUAAAAACCCAUCACUUGUUUUCUUCUUCUUCUUCUUCUUGGCUUCUGCAAUCCUGCAAGGACCUCAACACUCUCAAACAAAUCCAUGCUUCUGUUGUAGUCUCCACUGGUUUAUUUGAUCCUCUCUUCUCUGUUUCAAAGCUCAUCUCUUUAUACUCACGCUUUAAUGACCUUGAAAGUGCUAAUACUUUGUUCAAUUCCUUACAUAAGCCUAAUACUCUAACAUGGAAUUUGAUGAUGAAAGCCCACGUUGAUUUUGGCCUUUCUAACGAGGUAUUGUUCUUAUAUAAGAGGAUGAGGGAAUUGGAUGUUGGACACGAUACUUUCACGCUUCCUAUAAUUAAUACAGCUGUUUUGUCUCUUAAGAGUGAUGUAGUGUUGGGACAAAUGGUUCAUUCUGUUUCAAUAAGGUUGGGUUUUGGGUUGGAGCAGUAUUUUUGCAAUACGAUGAUAGAGGUUUAUGCUAAAUAUGGGUGGGUCCGGUAUGCUCGAAAAGUGUUUGAUGAGAUGCUGCACAGAGAUUUGGUUUCUUGGACAUCCAUGAUUUGUGGGGUUGUUUUUGAAGGAAAUGUUUCUGGUGCUCUUGAAUUGUUCAAUAAAAUGAGGCUUGAAGUGGAACCAAAUUCUGUGACUUUGAUUGUUAUGUUGCAGGGGUGUUAUGCAUUUGAUGGUUUGAUUGAAGGGACACAACUUCACUGUUAUAUUAUCAAGAAUGGCCUGUUAGUUGAUGGAUCUGUGCAAAAUUCAAUUUUGAGAAUAUAUAGUAAAUUGGGUUGUGUCAAAGAAGUCGAAACUUCUUUCACUGAUAUUGAUAAGAGAGAUGUUAUUUCUUGGAAUACUUUGAUUAGCUUCUACUCCUUGAAAGGAGAUGUUGAACAACUGGCUGAGAGCUGCAAUAAAAUGUACAGUGAAGUAGCACUUAGUAGUGAGACUUUAACUUUACUUAUAUCAGCGUUUGCAAAGAUGGGGAAUCUGAUGGAAGGUGAAAAACUCCAUUCUUAUUCCAUAAAAGCUGGGUUAUGUGAUGACAUUUUGCUAGCUUCUCUCAUGGAUUUUUAUGCAAAGUGUGGUGAAUUGAGAAAUUCAGUUCAGUUGUUUGAAGCAAUCCCUUGUAGAAGCAGUAUUACAUGGAAUGCAAUGAUGUCAGGGCACAUUCAACAUGGAUAUUUUGAUGAUGCCAUUAAUUUGUUCCGGCGAAUGCAAUCUGCAGGUGUUCAACUCCCAGCUGGGAUAUUAGGAAGCCUUGUUGAUGCAUGCAGUCAUCUGGGUGCACUACAAUUGGGUAAAGAAAUCCAUGGCUACCUGAUCAGGAACUUGUUUUACUCAUCUGAGGAAGAAAAUAUACACUUGGGAACCUCUGUCCUCAAUAUGUAUGUAAGAUGUGGAAUCAUUUCUCUAGCAAGAGUAUGUUUCGACAGAAUGCCACAAAAAGAUAACAUAACAUGGACAUCAAUGAUCGAAGGAUACGGAAUCCACGGCCUGGCUAUUGAAGCCCUGCAACUUUUCCCUCAGAUGCUGGUGGAAAGAAUAAUACCCAACAGAGUGACCUUCUUAAGCUUGUUAUCUGCUUGUAGCCACUCCGGACUCAUCAGAGAAGGCUGUGAGCUAUUCUUUUCCAUGAAAUGGAUAUUUGGCAUUGAACCUGAUUUAGACCAUUACACUUGCAUGGUGGACCUCUUAGGUCGAUCUGGAAAGCUCAAGGAGGCAUUAGCUAUGAUUGUAAAAAUGGUGAUUGUUGCUGACAGUAGAAUAUGGGGAGCACUAGUUGCUUCCUGCAGAGUUCAUGGUGACCGGAAAAUUGGGGAAUUUGCAGCACAGAGGCUUUUGGAAGUGGAACCUGAUAAUGUUGGAUAUCAUACAGUGCUGAGUAAUAUACAAGCUUGUGCUGGAAAAUGGGAGACAGUUGAAGAAGUAAGAAAAAUUAUGCAUGAGAAGGAGCUGAGGAAGACUCCAGGUUGGAGCUAUAUCGAGGAAAAGAUGAAGAAUUAUUUUUUUGUAUCAGGAGAUAGAUCACAUGAGCAAAGUGAGGAAAUUUAUGAGAUAUUAGGACAUUUAAGUAGGAAAAUACAGGAAUUUGGAUAGUUUUCAAUUUGCAGAUUUCAUUAGUCUAGAAGGUAUUCUAAUAACCCGAAGGGGUGAAAUUUUUCUCUUCCUGUUCUGUGAGUUGCAUGUAUGUUUAUGUAAGUGUUGGUUUUUUUUUUGAAAUAACAAGAAAACUUCAUUAA